AUGGUAGGAGGGGCGCAUUGCAUGUCUUUGUCGAAACGGACUAAUUUUCAGGUACCUCCGUGCGCCGACCCGACAGUUUGGUUGCGAAUCCUGCACGGAGCCCGAGAGUCUUUCCUAAACGGUAACUCGGAACCAUCCGCCCUCCCGUCUACACCGCACCGCGCCAUCGGGUCUGACCCGUCUAUCCUGCCUCUACCAUCACCCGGCGACCAACUACUGCAUGACAAGAUCAACAUCACCACAUCAUACCUCUUCCACCUCUCUUCCUCCCAGCGCAUCCCAUCCACCCCAAUCCUCACCCCUCAACCUGGGGCCACCACCAACAAUGGCCCUCCCCCGCCCCCCCACAACGCCUCCUCUACAUAG